CAAUAUUAUCCCAAAACAUUUAGGAUUUUAGUGUCCAAAAAUGAACAACCAGCAGAGAUUUGGAUCUCUCAGCAGUUCCUGUUUUGAGCUGCACAGCUUUUGCUCCAAGGGUUUUUCGCCGCAGAAAGGUUGCAAUUAUCAGUCUGAUCAUGAUCAGUUGACAUUAGGACUGUUAUCAGCAUCAGGUGCCGCAGACGGCGAGCGGCUUGACUGUGGUUCCAACGGUGUAGGGUUCCUGUCGCCUACGGAAGACGAGGACGAUGACAAUGAUGAAAACUUUGGAUCCGGAGACACUUUACAGUCUCUUGUUCAGUCUUGUCAUCGUUGUGGUAAUCGAGGAAAUAGGUGGCGGGAGAAGCCGAGGGGACCGACAAACGAUGAUACCCAAGAAUGGAAGCACCUACCAUCUCAACAAAAUAAGUCGAGCUCGAGAAAUUUGAUCCAAUCUUCCCUCCUAAGUUUUGAAAAAAAUACUGAUGUUGGGAAUUUCGAGUGCAGCAAAGUUCAACAAGAGAAGCAACUGGAAUUUGCUUCUAGCAAUGUUGCGUCUGACAAAGAGGCGACGAGGAACAAAACGCGGAUUAGAUGGACUGAGGAGCUUCACAAGAAAUUUAUCGACAGCGUCAAUCGUCUCGGAGGUGCUAAAAAAGUAUCGUAUCGCUCAACUCAUGGCAGAAGUAACAGAAGGAAACUCCGAGCAGCUCGGUCCAAAAACGGGUUUGCAAAUCGUGGAAGCUUUGCGGCUGCAGAUGGACGUCCAACAUCGUCUAUACGAACAAUUAGAGAGUCAAAAGAAGUUGCAGAUGAGGAUUGAGGAACAGGCAAAGCAGCUUCAGACAAUGAUCCAGUGCCAGUUGAAACAAAAUAGUUAAGACUUCUGCUUGUCGGGAAUGAAUAAAGCUGUUAGCAGUCUUCGUAGAGAAUCAUAUUCUUUGACUAAUAAUCAGCAAUAUUAGUACCAAGUUUUGCACUAAAACCACUUACCUCGUACUUGUGUGGGAUGGAUUUAUUGCUGGCCAUUCUCCCUUGUAAGAGAAAUUUCUAGACGAGUUUAGUGAUCAGAGUUUUAUGCAUGAUUUUCAUAGUGGGUUAAUUUUCUAUCCUAAUUUUUAUUUCAUUUUAUAUAUAUAUGUCAGGCGUAUAAAUUUUUUUUUAGAUAAAAUUGAUGACGUAAUCUUUAUACAUGUGUCUAUAAUGUUUUUUGUUUUUAACAUAGAAAGGAACUUGAUAAUACAAAAUUUACUACAAAGAUUUUUUAUUUUUUAUUUAAAUGUAAAUUUCAUUAAGUAAAUGGUAGAGUCAUACAGUACAACAAUAUUUAACGUGUGGGCUCUCCCUCGACAAGCCAAGAGAUACACUAUGUUUUAUAAAACGCACAAGAACUAACAGAGGGAGGUAAUGCAGCACUAAGUAUCCUCCGCCAAACAUCCUUUACAAUAAGAAGGGCGAGCGAAUCAGCCGUCCGAUUCGUCUGUUCAAAUCGCCGAAGGUUACGUUCCCGCCAUAUGUAAUAGACAUAGGAAGCCAACAAUACUGGAUAUGCCACAUUUGGUGAUGUUUUUCCUUCU